AUGCCCGUAUCCAAGCUGCCCAGAAGAUAUAUUUGUGCAGGCUCCCUGCGCACAAAACGAAGACCACAUGUCUUCGCCCCAGUUCGAGCCGUCGCGGGCGGCAAUGUAAGGUGGCAUGGACAAGCGGCGACCCAGGACAAGGGGCCCAACGAUGGUGGCAAUCGCAUUGGGGAUCUAGAAGAGAAGGGUUCAAUUGGGAAGACUGGAGAAGAGAAGGAAGAGGGAGCUCUGACCCGGCGACUGCGAGACAUGAGCGAAGAAGCCUUGGUGUCUGGUGGACAUGGCGCAAUCAAAGCUGUUGAAGAAGCUGGAUUCAGUCCGGAUCUCAAGGCACAGUUGGAGCAACGCAUUGCCGCCGCCAACCUCAGAUCGUCUGAGGCAGAGCUUCCCGCCUCUGCAUCUCGCCACACGCGCGACCUUGCUACUGCCAACGCAUGGAGUGGCACUGAAUCUAUCCACGAUGCCAGUUUGCGCAUGCUGAACGAUGCCCACAAGCCCAUGCGACUGGGCCGCCCACCAAAGAUACCUGGUGUACAACCACCACAGUCGAUCGAUACCGGUCACAAGCGCGGCAAGGGAGGCAGUGGGUUGCGGCUGGCGAAUGCUCGCGACAGGAGCUUGGUGUAUACGACAUUGGUGGAAAACGGAGACAUCGACGCUGCAGAUCGUGAGAAGCGGCUCCAAGAACUUAAGGAUCGAUUCGAACCUGGUGCACGCGCCAUUGUCCCUGGAACAAUACAAGGCCUUGCUUCGCUUGCAAAUAAGAGAAUCGAGGACGCAAUCGCCCGUGGACAGUUCAAGAACAUCCCUCGAGGCAAAAAUGCUAAUGUCGAACGGGACUACAAUGCAUCCAGCCCCUUCAUCGAUACGACCGAGUACUUCAUGAAUAAGAUUAUCCAAAGACAGGAAAUAGUGCCGCCAUGGAUUGAGAAACAACAGGAACUUACGUCAGCGACGAGGAAAUUUAGAACUCGUUUACGCGCAGACUGGAAGCGACAUGCGGCGCGUAUGAUAGCCAGUAAAGGUGGCACGCUGGUGGAGCAGGUGAGGAGAGCUGAGGCAUAUGCCAAAGCUGAGCUCAUUUCGAAUCCAUUGAAGAGGAAGCAAGAAACCUUUACGACCACAAAUGACGAUGGUCACAUGUCUCAAAUUUCGUUAUCAGGAGAACUUAAAGUAUCUCCACCAGCUGAAGAUCCCAAAUCUGAGCCAGUUAUUGUGGAACGGGUAGUAGCUGAGAAGGUCACCCUUGACGCUUCUCCGGAAGCCGUAGCCCAAGAUCCUUCUAGGGUUUCUGCGGAAAGUGUUUCAAAGGAAACCAUGGAAGUGCCACUUAAAACUCCGGAAGCAACAGUGCCUCCAGCGUCACAUCCUUUCCGGGAUCUAGACUGGGAGCGUAUUGAAGGUAGCUACCUAGCUGUAGCAAUCAAGGACCUCAACGACAAAGCGCGCAGUUACAACCUGCAGGCACCGGAGCUAGCCAAAAGACCCUACUUCAACCUCCAACGCGAGCUGAACUCGUGCUUCGCCGACGUUGCGCCCCAGCUUCCUGCAGCCAUCAUUGAACGGACGCGGAGACCGCCGAAGAAGACAGACACUGGGUACACUUCUGGUCAGAGGAGUGUUCUCGACAACAUCAUUGGCGGCCCCGUUCGCGUGCGAGAUGAGCGUCGAGAGAAGCAGUAUGGCUUCAAGCAGUUUUGGAAAGACCUCUGGGCCGACAAGUCAAGCAAUCCGUACUAA